AUGCACCACAUGUCCAUGGAGCGGCAGCCUGACCGCCUUCGUCGGCGAGCGCAGACCACUUAUGGGUUGGUUGCUUCACGGGAUAAUAAUAAGGUCUCACCCUGCCAGCAAGAAGCUGAUUCUCAAGGUUGUGAGGCACAGAUACCUAGGCUUCCAGAGGACAUCUGGUGUUAUAUACAAUCCCUAAUGCCAAUGCGAUCUGCUGCUCGAGCUGCCUGUGUGUCUCGUGCUUUUCUGCGUUCCUGGAGAUGCCAUCCCAACCUCACUUUCAGUGCCAGGACGCUGAGAUCGAAUAAGAAGGAAUAUGAAGAUGAUGAUAUUGCCAGAGAUUUCUGUAGCAAAGUUGAUCAGAUUCUGAAAAGGCACUCAGGCAUUGGUGUCAAGAAACUCAACAUUCAGAUGUGUGAAGGUUACAAUGGUUAUCUCGACAGUUGGCUCCAAGUUGCUGUUAAAUCAGGAAUCGAAGAACUUUCACUUAAAAUACCAAUGAUAGCAAAAUACAGCUUUCCAUGCUCACUCUUAUCUAAUGGGAGUGGAGACUCAAUCCGAUACCUACACUUUACUGGUUGCUCCUUCCGUCCCACAACUGAACUUGGUUGUUUAAGAAGCCUGACAAAACUGCAUCUUUAUCAUGUCAGUUUUACUGGGGACGAGUUAGGGUGCCUUCUCUCCAAUUCUUUUGCCUUGGAGGUGUUGGGAAUCAGGUAUUGUGAUGGGAUAGGUUGCUUGAAGGUCCCUUGCACGCUGCAGCGCCUAAGGUACCUAGAGGUUUUAGGUUGUUGCAAGCUGGAAAUGAUAGAAAGCAAAGCUCCAAAUAUUUUCAGCUUUGACUACGAAGGAAAGCGCAUUCAACUGUCACUCGGAGAAACAUUGCAAAUGAAGGAGCUAAGAUUGUCCUUCUCUGGCGCUGUUCAUUACGUUUGUGUUGAACUUCCGUCCAGCAUGCCAAACCUUAAAAUUGCCACUAUAUCUUCAAGAAGUGAGAUCAAUACGCCAUUGCUGCAUAGCAAAUAUCUCCACCUCAAAAACCUUAAUAUUAUUCUUAGCGCUGCAACCUUUCCUCCGGCCUAUGAUUAUUUUUCUCUUGUUUCCUUUUUUGAUGGUUGCCCUUGCUUGGAGACUUUGGUCUUGUUUGUGUCCCAGUAUGAAAUGGAACACGUCUCCAUAUUCACGGAUCCCUCAGGUCUGAGGAAGAUGCAAGGACAGCAGCACCACAAGUUGAAGACAGUGAAGAUCCUAGGAUUCACGUCAGCAAAGAGUCUUGUUGAGCUAACAUGCCAUAUUGUUGAGAGCAUGACAUCACUCGAAUGCCUUACAUUGCAGACCUAUCAGAGUUCUUCUAGGUGCUUCGAGCCUGCUGAUAAAAGUAACAAGUGCUCCCCAUUGCCCAUUCAUGUUCUCAAGGAAGCUCAACGAGGGCUCUUGGCCAUCAGGACGUACAUUGAGCCUAAAAUUCCCGCUAUGGUAAAGCUACAUGUUGUUGAGACUUGCCGACGAUGCCAUUAG